AGACUUUGUAGUGAUAAAUUCAGAACGUGGACAAAAAUUUUAGUAUACUUUUGGUUUUUUAUAUUUUAUAAAAAUUAACAGUUAAUAGAUUAUACAAAAUGUGGAAAAGAAAAUGUUACAAGAAAAAGAAGAAGGAGGAACCAGUGAUCGAAGAGACAGAUGAUAAAAAAAAAAAGGACUCCAAAUCAGAUGAUGACAGUAAAGCGGAGGAGGUAAUACCUCCGCCCCCGUUAGAGGGGGAAAUGCCAACAUAUUUUCACAUCGGUGGAUGGGCCAAGGAAUGUUUGAUAACCGGCUAUAAAAUUGGUGCCUGGCAUUUUGAUUGUACCACACAACUGACCGACAAGCUUGGGAUAUAUAGUUUUGGGAACGGCAAGCCAAACUAUUACGGUAUCUCGGGCGGAGUCGGUCUUCGCGAGAAGUUGGGCAUUUUCCACAUGUGUCAGGCCUAUCAUACCAAUGCCUACGUCGGUGCGCUCGGAGUGCGUUCCAACGUCGUCGGCUGUUUAGCCAAUGCCAUGCUGCGGGGCACAUACGGUCCCCAUGACGAACCUGAAGUAAAGCUUGAUCUACAUACGGGCAUCGAGCGAUCGCCGAUCAAGUUAGAUGUUAUCGUACCAAUUUUGAAGUCACCGAAACUAAUGGGCUACGUGGUUCUGCAACCGGUCCAGAACUAUCUAUUAGGCUAUCGGACGGUCUACGACUUUGACAAUAUGGGCUUUGACGUGCACGCAUUAUGUGUGGGAUACAAUAACGGUAGCUCCGAAUUGAGCCUAAAAUUAGAGAACUUCAAGGAACUUCGAGGCUCGAUAUUCCAGCGCAUUGGCGAACGCUGGGCGGUUGCCUUGAAGGCAAAUAUUUACGGAGACGAUGAAAGGCAAAUUGCCAUUGGAGGCCAGUUUCAGAUCCACGAAAAUGCAUUGUUGAAGGCCAAGGUGCGCGACGAUGGCUUUCUGGGGAUGGUCUACCAGGUUAAUGUCAGCGAGACAAUUGGGAUUAUGUAUCACGUUGGUUUAGAAGUCGGCUCGCCUAUCAAAGGCGACCAUAAAGUUGGUGUAUCGUGGAGUAUAAAGGGUUGAAACCUUUUGUGUACUAAAUUCAGAUCAGAAAUUUUGUGUACCAUGUUGUUGUAGCUAUGUAUCAGAUCGUUUUGUAAUGUUUUCAGAUACUUAUGGAUGGUCCAUAGCCUCCACCAGAUUGAUGCAGCUUCGACUGUGCCGGUGCUGAAACUUUUUUAAAGAAAGAUAAAUUGUUCAUUAAAACUGUUUUGGCCAGCAAAACAAA